CUGGAAAAUAACCUCUUCAAUCCCCGACGCACCCUUCCCGGACUUUGAAGCAGCGUCCCCUUAUCUACCAGAGUCGUCUCAGUCGCCCCGGAUCUUGCGCUGCUCCUAGCCGGUGACUCAUCAGGCCGCCCGUUGUUCCACGGCACUGUCAAAUCGCGCACAUCUAGCGGAUAAAGAGCGCCGUUAUGGAAAGAAGGUCUGAGAUAAGUAGGAUCAUGAAAGAAGAAGAUUAUCGGCAUAUUCCCAGGACCCAGACCACGAGGCUCAGGCGUGUGCGGCAACACGUGUCGACUACGAAUGAAGUAGCCAUGGCGUUAUGCCUGACGCUAAUGUGAAGAGAGAUAAGUGGGUGAUGAUGGAAUGAGCAGACUGUUGCAGGCCCCUUUUGAACUGGCAGACUUGAAGGUAAUUGGACCUGGUGGUCGUGGUACAGGUCAGAGCUGGAUGAUCACGAUCACGUGGGUACACUAAAGGAGUGACGUCAAUCUUAUUGAUCGAUUGCUGCAAUGCAGGAUGUAGAGAGAGAGGCUAGUGAGCGCGGGAGAACAGGACUAAGCUGCAAUAUAUAUAUAUAUACAAGUCGGUUGAGAUGCCGUGCCUAUCAGCAGUGCGUGCAUUUACGAAUGUGUGGUCUCAGUUUGACGCAACACCUUUAGUGUGUGCGCAGACCGGGGUCGGAUGUCACAUUGGAAGUGAUCCGGUAC